GAGAGAGAGAGAGAGAGAGCAAGAGAGGAAGGGGAGGCAGGAGGGAUGGACAGUUGCUCAAAAGCUGAUUGUACUGGCUGGCUUUCCUAUCAGGGCAGCUCACACGCAUCCAAAUCCCAGAUUAAACACACCCACGUCUCUUUCCAACCAGCAGCACUCCUACAAGUCCCUGCUCCCCCUCCUUGUGUAACUGUACUGAGCGUGGAUUACCAAACUCUGAAGCAAAGCAGGGGCUCUGACAGGCUCCGAACAGAAUGGUGGUUUCAUCCCAACAUCUCUGGGAUCGAGGCAGAACACCUGCUCCUGACACGGGGAGUCCAUGGCAGCUUUCUAGCGAGACCAAGCAAGAGCAACCCAGGAGAUUUCACUCUCUCUGUCAGGAGGAACGAUGAGGUCACCCAUAUUAAAAUCCAGAACUCGGGGGACUAUUAUGACCUGUACGGAGGGGAGAAGUUCGCCACGCUGGCUGAAUUGGUCCAGUACUACACCGAGCAGCACGACCUCCUGCGGGAACGCAAUGGAGAUGUUAUCGAGCUGAAAUACCCCCUCAACUGCAAAGACCCGACGUCUGAGAGGUGGUAUCAUGGGCAUCUCUCAGGGAGAGAUGCUGAAAAGCUCCUUACGGAGAAGGGCAAAUCCGGCAGCUUCCUGGUGAGAGAGAGCCAAAGUAAACCGGGAGACUUUGUGCUUUCCGUCCUCACUAAUGAAGAAAAGCAUGAAAAUUUAGACCGCAAGACUAAAGUUACCCAUGUCAUGAUCCGUUAUCAGGAUGGAAAAUAUGAUGUAGGAGGAGGGGAGAGGUUUGACACUUUGGCAGAUUUAGUGGAGCAUUAUAAGAAAAACCCCAUGGUUGAGAAGAGUGGAAUUGUUGUACACCUUAAACAGCCAUUCAAUGCCACAAGGAUAAAUGCAGCAAACAUUGAAAACAGGGUACGAGAAUUAAAUAAAGUAGCUGACAACUCGGAGAAACCCAAGCAAGGCUUCUGGGAAGAAUUUGAGGUUUUACAGCAGCAAGAAUGUAAACUCCUUUACCCCAGGAAAGAGGGGCAGAAACCAGAAAAUAAAAACAAGAACAGAUAUAAGAACAUACUACCAUUUGACACCACUCGAGUGCAGAUCGAGGAGGCGGAUCCUGACGUGCCAGGCUCCGAUUACAUCAACGCUAACUAUAUCGGAAGCAUGAAUGAAGAAGGUCGUCAUAUGGGUGAAGGUAAAGUGUUUAUCGCCACUCAGGGUUGCCUUCAGAACACUGUCGUAGACUUCUGGAAAAUGGUGUACCAGGAAAACACUCAUGUUAUUGUCAUGACAACUAAGGAGAUGGAGAGAGGACGGAAUAAGUGUGUGCGGUACUGGCCGGACUUAAAUUCAACAAAGGAGUUUGGGAAGGUGUGUGUGAAGAAUAUUGAGGAACACACAGCUCAGGACUACAUACGGCGAGAGCUUGAAGUCACACGUCUAGACAGGAGAGAGCCUCCCAGGUGUAUCUGGCACUAUCAGUACCUGAGCUGGCCAGAUCACGGUGUUCCCAAUGAACCUGGAGGAGUCUUGAGCUUCCUGGAGCAAGUCAACAGAACCCAGAGUGCCAUUCCAGAGAGUGGACCAAUAGUGGUUCACUGCAGUGCAGGGAUUGGAAGAACAGGCACAAUUAUUGUAAUUGACAUCCUUAUUGAUAUCAUAAACAGACAAGGGUUGGAUUGUGACAUCGACAUCCCAAAGACCAUUCAGAGAGUGCGCCAGCAACGAUCCGGUAUGGUUCAGACCGAGGCCCAGUACAAGUUCAUCUACAUGGCUGUUCAGCAAUACAUUGACACCGCUCAGAAGAGACUGGAAGAGGAGCAGAGGAAUAAAACAAAGGAGAGAGAGUACUCUAACAUCAAGUACCCACAGAUGUCAAAUGCCAGAGCCAAGCCAAACAUGAGCUCGUCUUGCUCUUCAUCUGUAAUGAACGAUGACUCUGGUGUUUAUGAGAAUUUGAACAUCAAAGAUCCAAAGGGCUCCACCAGCAGCAAUACCAGGAGAUAAGAUACUGUAUGUGGGAUGCCGUCUCAGGAACUCUGCGAUUCCAGAGGUGCUGUGUAGAAGCACCUGAUCAUGGAGUGACACUGGAUUACAGCACUGGGGGGAGGGGGGCACCAGCAGCACCUACACUGAGGCGAAGCCGCCCAGCUGCUCGGCUAGAGAUUCCACCGAAAUCUCCAACAGCUCCUCUCUUCAUUUCCUGACUGACUACGUCUAAGAAACUCACACUCCAAAACCAAGUGCCUAAGCAGCAGCUGAAAUUGUUCCCGCUAAGGACGCGUGACUUGGUGCUUUCUCUCCCCACUUCUAGUCUAACAAGCCUCUCUACACUGCACUAAGCUACAUGAUGGUUUGUAUAUGUGUGAAAUAUACAUGAAAUAUUAAUAUUUACACUCAGUGACGUAACUUUGGAUGAAGCUACGCUAUUUCCAUGCUGUCUACGGCUGUUUCCAGACCUUGCUUUGUCUACUGGAUGUCAUCUACUGUAACCAAAGACCUUUGAUAUAUAUCUCAGAUGCAGCGGUUAUUUGCGCUCCGCUGAGUGAUGCUCGUGGCACGGUGAUAUAAGAAGAAGAGAAGUACAACGCCCAGCGUCAAGAAUCCCCCCUUUUCUUUACAUUCAGAGCAUAUGAGAGGUGAUUGGUCAAAAUAAAGUUCGACCAAUGAUUUGGAUACCUUAUGUAAGUAGGUGUUUUAAAUGGGCUGAUUUGGUACAGUGUGGUAGAAUCUAUACAGUAUGUGCCAAUUAGCAGCCUGUACAUCAUAUUCAUAAAAGCUUCUGCUUUGAUGCUUUUUUAUUGAGCUUUACCUCCAGGCUAAUGAACAGUUGGAGGGAGUCAAGUGCUACUGUCAAUCAAAGGCUUAUCAACCAAUCAGGCUGCCUCUUCAUCAACGUGCUCCUCCCUCUAUGCGUCGGCUUUCUUGUUCUGAAAACAUCAGGUGAGCCUUUAUUAGGUAGGGUUUUGUUUGUUUGUUAAUAGUCAUUUUGUUUGCAACUAUGAUUCCUUUAGAGCAAUUGUAUCUUUUCUUGUGAUAUUUGUGAAUGUGAUUAUGAAAUCUAGGCCUGGCAUUUUUUUAUAUAAUGCAUUUCUCGUAUUUUUGACUAUAUUAUUCCACAUUUUCCUCCUAAGAGACACAUUAAGCUCUUUUAUCACAUAUAAACAGGGUAUGUGUGUAUUGCGGUGUUAUAAAUGGCCCGAUAAAGCUCUUUAUGUAAAGAGCGGGUUGUGAUGAUUGCACUGAGGAGGCCUUCAAAUGAAAAAAAAAAAACGUAAAAUGAAAAACGUGGUGUUACUAAACCUCUACAAGGGAGGGGGUACGUCAGGAUGCAUUUCGGUGGAGACUUUAACUAAAAAGGAGGCAGGCCAGAUGGCCUGCAGCUAAGAUUAAAGAAAUAGAUUUGUGUAGGGCGAAAAAAGUCAUUUAAAACAUGGCCGUAAUCCACACGUAGCUAUUAUUAGGUGAGGUCAGCAGUGAUGUCAUAAGAUGUUAUAUAUACGUUACCAGGUCAGUAAGGGUUGGGGGUCAGUAAGAUUUUU